AAAACCCUGUUCUUGCAAAAAUGCAGUUCGCUCUUUUCUUGUCCUGGUGCUGCUGCCUGCAUGGAUGUGCGCUAGGGACUGGCUUCCUCUAUCAAUUCCCAGCAUCAACCCUGCAGCACAACUACCCAGAGCAGAGCUCGGGCUCGCCGGGCAGCGGCUUCGCCAGUCGCCGGCAUUGGUGUCACUAUACGGUUACACGGACAGUUUCCUGCCAAGUGCAGAAUGGGUCAGAAACGGUGAUCCAGCGAGUUUACCAGAGCUGCCGGUGGCCAGGACCUUGUGCCAACUUAGUGAGUUACAGGACUCUCAUCAGGCCCACGUACAAAAUGUCGUACCGAACUGUGACCACGCUGGAGUGGAGGUGCUGUCCUGGCUUCACGGGGAGCAACUGUGAGGAGGGUUCAUCUGGCCGCCAGCACGGUUACUUUUCCAACCGGGACCAAUGCAUGAACUGCACGAGACUAGCGGAUAUGACCGAGAGGCUGAACACGCUUGAGGCCAAGAUCCUUCUGCUCGAGGCUGCGGAGCGAAGCCCACCCCUGGAGAACAACCUGCCCAUCACGGGGACGACAGCCACGUGGUACGAUGAUCUGCUGCCAGAUGCCUUUCCCCUGCUGAAUCCCGGCACCGUCCUGAGAAAAACAGUGGGAUCUGUUGAGCCUAAGGGACACAGAGGUGCAGAGGAGCAGCUAAUUCCACAGGGGCUGCCAGGACAGGUUGGUCCUCCAGGCCCGGUUGGACCAACUGGUCUUCCAGGACCACCAGGGCCAAAAGGAGAGAAGGGACAACCUGGUGAGAGGGGACCGGCAGGGCCACCAGGGCUGUUGGGACCUCAAGGACCAAGAGGACUUCCAGGAGAAACUGGGAUCCCAGGUCCUCCAGGUCCUCCAGGGCCACCAGCCACACCAAGCCUCCCUCUUACCUUCCAGCAAGGGGUUCUCUACUCACUCCAGCCCACAGCUGAAAAAGAAAAUGGAGAACCCCAGCUGGCCUCCACCGUCAUAGACACCAUCAUGGCUGGCCUGCCAGGACCACGGGGAGCCCCAGGCCCCAUCGGGCCACCAGGGCCACCAGGUGCAUCAGGACCCAAAGGGCCCCCAGGACCUAUUGGAGCCCCUGGAUUACAAGGCUUACCAGGCUCUCCAGGACAACCCGGGCCAAAAGGCUCCAAAGGAGACCGAGGCGAGAGAGGGCAAGCAGGUCUGACUGGAGAGAGGGGCAUUAAGGGACUUCCUGGUGAACCAGGCAAGAAGGGUGAGGAAGGUGAUAAAGGCGCUGAUGGGGAAGGUGUUCAACAACUCCGAGAGGCUCUGAAGAUUUUAGCUGAGAGGGUAUUAAUUCUUGAGCACAUGAUAGGAAUUCAUGACUCUUUGUCUUCCAUUGAGCCAGGCUCUGGACAAGACGUGAUCCCGGGCUCCCCUCUGCGAACCAGCAUCAAGAUCAAACGUGGAGGACCCCAGCAGCCACAGGCCUACCAGAUCCUCUCUUCACUGCUGGAUGACAGUGAAGCCAAAAGGAGAAGCAAUCGGAUGAAGUAGGAGCAUCUGUGUGUUCUCUGUGCCUGUUCACCAGUUAAAGAUACAGUAUCCCAGUGCUUAAUUGCAAGAGUGCAAAUGAAGUGGGUAGGAGUUGCAGUGUUGGCAGCUGGGUUUCCUUACCUGGCCAAUACUACGCCCUUAGUGCAGGGAAUGUCUUAUCCAUAGCUCAGAGAGGGUCUUAUGAACAUUUUUCUUGAUUUUGUUGCUUUGCCUUUGGAAUACCAGGUGGCAGAUAUCCUCAGAAGCUGUCCACAGAAACAACACCUCCUCACUGUGUCUCCAGAGUUCAAUCCUCCCCUUGUUUCCUCACUGCCCUUGCAAGUUACUCAGUUGAAGCACUGCUUAAUGGGCUCAGACAACCAGUCCCGUCUACACCCAAAGCCAAGCCUUAGCCUUGUCCAUUGGUACAGCUGGUGGCAUCUGCUUUUAAUUCAUGUGGUGGUGUCAUGCUUCCAAGUGAAGAUAUGGCUUCCAUAGGCCAUGAUCUGCAAGGAUUUCUUCUAAGGAAAGAACAAAUUGGAAAAUUCAAAGAAUAUUUAAAACUGUUGCUCUGAAAGUUCAGGUUACUCUUUGGACUUUAGCAUCAAAAUCUUGGCUUUUCAUGUUGCUAACUGCAUGGGAGUGGCAUUAUUUCUAUUCAUGGCUGACUAAGCAAGGGCUUUCCAUACAAAUGUUUGUGGCAACACUGACUUUCCAUCUAUCUUCAGUGAGAUUAGAGAUUUCUGUGAAAAUAUAGAGCAGUUUGUAUGAGAUAUGAUGGAAUUGUGCGAGAAUUUUCCCAUACUGUGUUCAGCUUGUGCAUACAUCCAGAGAUAACUACUUUAAGUAGUAGCAAUAACUAUUCACAGAAAAGGAUAUUUUGCAAUACUUUCUUAAUCCUACAUCAAUAAGGAAAAAUGUUUUCACACUCUUUUGUUUUUAUCUUGUGAGUAAAUCCUUGCCAUUUGAAUGUGGAGACAGUGCAGUAGCAAACCACAGCCUAAGGAAUUAGAGUCUUGUCAAGAGCUUAUCUUGCACUGGGAGUUAAAUACAAAGUCAUUUUACUUUUUGCAAUAACUUGUUAUUUUGGGGGAAGUCCCAGCUCCGGGGUUAAGAAGUUGAACCUGCCCUUCAGUGACAAAUGAAUCACUACACCUGCUGUGCAAACCAAAUCAGACAAGUUGAUGUCAUUCACGUAGACAGUGAUUUGUGUUAGAAAGGCUGAGAGCAAAACAACAGAACCGAGGGGACUUUUUUUUCCCUUUUUUAGUUCCUCCUCCCCCUCCUGACAGUUUUCAAAUUCAGCCCAGGACGAAAGGGAGCAAAUUGAGUUUGUGUUUGUCAUUUUAUGGCAUAAGUCAGGUAAAUUGGUCACAUUCUAUCUGGUUCCUAGUGCAAGAUACAGCUGGCUGAGAAAGGCAAACCUGUACCGCUGCAACACCUCAGUCAAAAGCUGUUGCCAAGACCAAUAACUGUGUGGUCCCUGUAUUCAGCAACCCUUGUCACCCAAGGUGCUCUUCUGAAGGCAUGUGGUACCCUGGAAACUAGGCUUAAAAUGAAGGAGCUCUGCCAGCACAUUGGCCACACGUUAAAUUAACUUUCCAUGUACCUAGUAAACAUUGUAAACCUACAGAGCCAUCAGGUCUUUCCUCUGAAGAGCGUUCUGUUUUCAGAAAUGAACAGGUUAUUGGCUGCUUCAGGAUGACUGAAUUCACUAUGUUUUUAUUUGGCCACGGUCUUUAGAAAUCCAACCAUCCCUCUCCAAACAGGUGAGCUGGUGUGAGUUGAUGCUGAGCAAGCACCAGAAACUUGUCCUCCUACAGCAGCUUUGUACUGCUCUUCAGUACAUGAUGAACAGCCUUGGUGUAACUGGCUGGGAGGCUGCAGGAAAUGCAGUUACUUGCCCUGCUUUUGAAUCCUCGAGCUGCUUGGCUAAUGCCAGUGGCAGAGCUCGUUCAGGAGUCAGCCCCCGCAGCUCAGGUUGUGCUUCCAUGUGCCCAAGUUUUCCUUUGGACGUUUCAAAGAAACAAGCCUGAAGCGUUGCAGAAGUUUGGGGAGUGGAAGGGAAGGUACAACCAGGUGCUCUCUUGCCAUAAGACUCCAAUGGUUGAAGAGAAGGCAGAGUGUUGCCAAGAGCUGAUGCUUCAGGCUCCAGCGUCCCUUUGCCUUCCUGUACUCUGAGUUACAGCUGGAGCCUGAGAGUCAGAAAACAAGUAAAACUGCCCAAGUCAAUAAGGUUAGUGACCUCAAGCACUCGUUCUGUAUUCGUAAUCCUUUUGGGAGAAUGAAACAAAGUCUCCUGAACGCAUCCUAGUUUCAAACCCAGCACUAACUCUUAAUCCAGCGCUAACUCUAAUGACAGGAUGUAUAUAAAGCAUGCUGAAUUAAUCAGUGUCUGGCAACCAGCUCUCAGCCUAAAACCAGCCACAAAUACAAACAGCUCAGCUUUUCAACAUCUAGUGACUGACCAAAGUGCUGUACAGCGGCCCACGCCCCCCUGUUCUAUAUAUUCUUGGAAUAAUCUUUCCAUUUAAGAAUUAAAUGCACCAAAAAAAAAGAUGUUUUCCCCUUUACAGGCUGGUUACUAUGUAGGAAUUGAGAAGUACUUGAUUACCUCUUUGGAAUAGGGACUGUCUGGGAUCACAUGGACAAGACAAGACAUAGCCAGUGGCUUCCAGGAGACAAUCCCAUGUGCCCACCAGUGGGUGUUGGAAAAUCAGGCCUGAAGACUGAGGAGAAAUCACAGUUCAGUCUAAACCUGUGCGCUGGGCAGGCUGGUGCUGGCUGGAGUCACUUGUCACAUUAACAAAGCUUCCUCAUGGCAGUUUCAGGAACUCAACUAAACAAAGCAAUCUUUAAAAAGGGAAAUGUCAAAAUUUGGUUUCACUGGUCCUGUAGCUACGGGGUUGAAUUUGGAGAAGAGGGAGUACAGUAGGGCUGUUUUCACUUCCCUGCCGUUCUGGAGCCUUCACACUGAAUUAAAAGACAAAUUUUUCUUCCUCCAAGUUUGUCUUCCUGAGUUCAAAGCUAUUGCAUUAGCCUGAUGAGUAGUCUCUUCAAGUCAUUCGUAUUGACUAAGAUUUUUGGAUUUUAAAUUAUUUAAAACAAAUUACUGGCAAGAUGAAAGGAAAUUUAAUGGAUGUUGUUUGCAAUGAAUCCUGCCAAGUCAAUUGUCAAAAGACUGGUUAGGUUUGGGUUGCAACCGUUUUAAUUAUUGACUUUUCCAGACUUCUGUAUGAGCUAUGUAAUUUAUUUCUCCCCACACUUCUUGCUUUAUUUAGCUACAUCUCUCUCGUAUGCGGUACUGUAUCUUUAAUUUGGGUGACAGUAGGAUUAUACCAAAUGGACUUUCUCUCUCAGCUGGGGGUUUCAUUCCUCUCUACUUACACCAGGGUUGGACCACACUGUUGUGCAGUCCCAGUUUAAUUAUGUUUUAAAGGUGAACGCAGCCUCACAGGCUGCCACUAGAGAUAUUCAUGACUAAGCAAACCGCUCCAACCACAUUUUCCAUCUUAGGCAGGACACUAAGAUUCAUUUUAGCCAGGGCAUAUAACGCAUCUUGCCUUGUCUCCAUAACUUAGAGAGGGGAUUUAUUUUGAAUGCGUGCUCAUUUAGAAAUAUAUUUUAAUUGAAAUGUUUAGUGCUUUAUCUUACAUGCAUACUGUGCAAUACCGUAGUGUGUUCUUUUCCUUUUUUUUCCUAAGACUUUUUUUUUUUUUAAUUCUUAAUGUUUCUUUGAGCUCCAAUGUGGUUUUGACUUGGAUCAGUUCUGGUAGUGGUAACGCAUUUUCCUUGCCUUGAGCUGACCAGAAGCAGCAGCAGCAGCAGCAGCACAUUGCACAACUGAAAAUCUUUGCAAUUCGUGCACCCUCACGUUCACCAGCAACCUGGUGCUCCUGGGAGGUGGAGAACGUUUCUCUCCAGAGCAUCGAAUUUGCACUUACUGUAAAGAAUUGGUAGCAACCCAGGGAAACGGGAAUAAACUAGAGAGAAAUUCACCUCACCUGCUCCCACCAAACUCCACAGUAAUUUUGCUGUCAAUUUUCACAGGAACAGGCCAUAGAAAUCAGCUCCAGCUCUUCAGCUGGCACGGACUGGUGCUGCUUUCAGGGGAGCAGAGCACAGGGUUCAGAGCAGCUUUCAGAGAGUUUGGUUCUGGGACUGGGGCUCAGUCCCAGUCUCUGGAAUGAACUAUUUUAAUGUAGGAACCUGACCACUGUGACAAAAGCUUCUAAAAGACAAUCAGCUUCUGGAAUUACUGCUCGAUAAAGUUUAUUGGAAACCCAUCCUCCUACACGUUUACAGCCUCUGUCUUAAUGGAGAUCACAUUCUGUUCAGGUGUAGGGCUUUAAACUACUCAUAUUUCUGUGAUUCCAUUGAAACCAAGCAAUUCAAAGGUGCUAUAAUUGCCCACAAAACACAUUCCCAUCCAUAGAAGGAAAUGGUAACUUUUUCACUAGUUAUUUUACACAGUAUUUUUUUUUUUAUUUAUAUCAGUGUGUUUCGUAUGUGUGCAAAUGGUCCCCGCUUCUCUCAUUGUAAUAAGCUUUACAACCAUUUGGUCUUUAUAGGGCAGCCAUACGCAGUAUCAUGUAAUUGCUUAACUUAGAGCAAGAAGAGAUCUCAUCUGACAUGAUGAACUCAUUAUGGCAGGCUCUAAUGUUUGUUGUAAACACAACCUGUUUGUUCCACCUCUUGCAUGGUUACUUAUCUGUUUUCAUAUUGCUAUGUUAUUGUUCAAAAUAUCUAUUUCUCUUUAUUUGCUAUGGGUUUUGUUACUGUAUAUGGAAUGUUUUGUAUUCAGCAUUUUCUUACAGAGCAGAGUGGGAACAGUAUUCAAGAACCCACAAAUACCAAAGACCUUUCAUGUAAUGCACUGAGAAAUAAACAUACUGUAAAUGAAUAAG